UUUCACCCGCUCGGUACUUGCAAAUAAUUACUGGGCCCGGCCAACACGUCGAACGGAGUUUCCCCGCAGAAUUGUCCCUUGGUUCUAUACGAGAAGACUUCCCCUUGAUGAGUUGCUGAAGAACUUUUAUAAAUUAUGCCCACAGUGGCAAGCUCAAGUAUCGAUUGAACCACUCCAGCCCUCCAAAUUUUCAUCUGCUCAAGGCAGUUAUCCCCUCACCGUCAGCGAUGGACUCCUCAAGUCUUCACCGUGGUAGUUCUGAGGAGACGAAUCGUUAUUCCUCAACCCCAGGUGUGCGAGACGAGGGGAAAGGGGGAUCAAGCUCGAUCAAGGCUGACGAGGACCUUGAGGACUCUGUCCUACCUAUUGGCAUCUCCUCACUUAUCAACUUUGAGCAUCCAUAUCACCCAAUCCACUGGUCGGCUUGGAAGAAAUGGGCAAUCGCGACCGUUUACUGCGGGUUGCAAGCCUUCGUUACGCUUCUUUCCACAGAUUACCUGCCUGUAGAGUCCCUGAUUCAAGAGAGAUGGGGUGGCUCCACACAGGUCGUUACAUUGGGUCAGAGCAUGUUUAUUGUGGGGACUGCGGUCGGUCCUGUUGUCCUUGGGCCAUUGUCCGAUAUUUGGGGCCGAAAAUGGCUCUAUGUUGGCGCUACGUACAUCUAUGCACUGAUCAACGUCGGGAUUGCACUUCCCACUGGCCUUCCCAUGCUCGUCUCUUUUAUGUUCUUGGCUGGUUUAACUGGUUCCGUAGCGUUGUGUAAUGUUGCUGGUACUAUCGCCGACUUGUUUGGUGACGACGCCGCUGCUGGUCAAGGAAUGGCUCUUUAUGUCCUGUCUGCGAGCGUUGGGCCGUCCCUUGGAGGUCCGGUUGGUGAAUGGAUCGCUGAGAAUCCACAUAUGCGAUACCCCUGGAUUGGCUGGAUUAAUGUUAUCAUCGGUGCUAUAUAUGCUACGGGCAUGGCCCUACUCCCCGAGACACUUCCAGGUAUUGUCAUUCCUAGGACGGCUAAACAGAAGGAUGGCGUCGAAAUGGAACUGCCCAUGUCGCGCAAGAGCGCUUUGGACGACGUUAUCUUCGCAUUUACUAUGGCCCUUAAGAUCAUGGUCACUGAACCCAUCGUCCUCUCCCUAGGCUUAUACAACGGUCGGUUCUGUGCAUUUCUAACAGCCAAGAAUUAGCUGAUGGUCGAUGUACAUAUAGGCUUCGCUUAUGGUCUGCUGUUCUUGUAUCUCGACG